UGGCGCGCUGGUUGCUCGGCGGCGGGUGGUUGCGGCGGUCUCGCGGCUGCGGUCGGGUUGUCGCGCCAGUUCAACGUUCAAGUGCAGCGCGGCCGCACAUCCCAACAGACCGUAAAGGUGCGCGCGCGCUGAUGCCUCAUGCCGGUCGACAUCCGACAUCCGAACGAAUUAUUCAAUACUUAUCUAUUAAGUCCGCAGUUGUUGUAGCUCCAAGUAAUAAACUGACUUUGUACAAGUGUUCUGAGUGUUUGUUGACACGUUUCCGUUGAAACUGUUGUCCUGAACGUGCUGUGCUCUUUUUGGGGUCGAAUAAGAAGAGUGAAGCAGGCGAUAUGUGACGAUAAUAUCAAAUCUACCGAGCACCGGACAAUCGAUCGGGAACUGACUUAGUGGGUGUGACGCCUAGUGUAGUGAAUCAAGAUGCACACCAUGGACACGAUGGGCUACGGCCACAAGAAAUAUCGGCCGCCGCUGUCGCCCACCAGCUUCUACCAACACGACUAUUACUCAAGACACACGACUCUUCGCCCGCAGAGCGAAUAUCGAUUCGCGGGUGGAGGCUAUCCUCGGGCUGGUGUAGGUAGCAGCAGCACCCGCAGCGGUGGGCUGUGCUCGGCUGCGCUGGUCGGCGGCGCCUUGCUGGCUGCCGUCGCUGUACUGGCAGUCGCUGCUCUCGCCUUCUACAUGGGCGCCCUAAGGCCAGAUAAUGGAGAACCAAUAAUAUCGUUCGAGGGCACAUUUCGUGUGACCAGAGGAGACGUCUAUGGUGGUGUGCCAGGCAGUCCGUCGUACAGAGAGCGGGCGCGACGCUACAGUGUAGCACUCCGCCAAGUGUACGCCGCACCUUCGGUGCUACGACAAGCUUUCACGGGCGCUAUAGUCACCGGAUUCGGGGACCGAAGACUAGACGUACACUUCAGAUUGUAUCUUGAUAGAAGAAAAAUACCAAGUUCUGUUUCGAACAUCGAGGAAACUCUUAAGAACAUUUUAAUUCAAGAUUUAAAUUCUAAACAUCCUGCGAUUGGACAGAGUAUAAAAGUAGAUACAUCAAGUAUAGUGAUUAAAAGAGAUCUGGAACAUACAUAUCAUUCAGAAUCUUAUGUGAAAGAAGCUAUGAAUGAGAGUAUGGCUAUGAGUAAUCCAAAAGGUUCACUACCGCCAACAGGAAUUGAUAAAACCCUUCAGACGAGGGUUGGUGUCGUACGUAAGACUACAGUAAAACCGAAUCAAAAGAAAGAUCCUGAUGAACCUGACAUUGACACUGAAAAUAUUCCAGUAGUACAAGGCUCAUUUCAAAUCACUAAGACUGAGGCAGAUAUAACAGAAAAUAAAAAGAUGAGUUCUAGUCCAACGCGUCAUGAUGAUAAAGGAAGUCACAAACAAGUAGCUGCUAAAACGACUACCACAACUAAAGCACCUUCUACUAGAACAACUUCAAGGCCUACAACGACGAAGAGAGUUCCUACAAGUACACCAAAGACCCGGCCGUUCACAAUAACAUCUACUCUCAAUGUUAAGACAAGGACCGAACCUACACCUAAAAAGGGCAUUGAAAAGACCACACGACCUCCUAUUAUGUCCUCUACAACUUCCACUUCAACGACAAGUAUAACUUCGACUACAGUUCAAACUAGUUCCACCGCCAGUAACGUAUCUCAAAUUCUACUCGAUUUACUAACCAAUGAAAAUCAUUACAAAGAUUUGCCCAAAAUUGAUACAUUAUUUACUGUUCCACAUGUUAUUGACAAUGAGCCUUGGCGUCCCAUAACGCAACCCUACUAUGAAAGAACAAGCAAACCGUCGGUUCCCACAGAAAUUACAAGUGAUUUAAAUGCUGAAGACAGAAUGGGAGUCGCAGAAGUAGUAGACGAUGUUUCAAUAUUAGAAAGUAUGUUGACUCCGAUACCACCAGUAAAACACAGGGACAGAACGACAUUAAGACCUAUUGGUUUACACAAUAUAGAUCCAGAUUUGGCCGCUGAAGUUUAUGUUCCUAGCCCAGUAUACACAAGUUUUACACUACCAACAUACGCACCUCCCCUAAAGAAUAUGGAAACAUUAGGAUCUAAUUAUCCAAAACCCCAUCCUAUUCCUGUAGAUAAAAUUAGUGGUGUGGUUGAAGCUGUGGACGACAUUGAUUUCAGUGAUGAAGACGAUGGGAAGCCUGUAGAACGUCCACCUAAAGAGAAACAAACAAGUGUUGUUAUUAAUGUUCUUCAAGCCGAUAGCGCAGAUAACGACACUGAACAAUUUUCGAUCGAUGGUGCAUCAAUACUGAAGAAACACAAUACAACAACGUCUACAAGUAGUACAAUAACAUCCACAACAACUAGUACUAGCAGUAGUAGUAGUAGUACUACUACUACUAGCGCUCCGAGCAAACCAACGACCACUACCACGAGUACAACCAGUGACAGCACCCCAACAACGACCAGUACUAAAGUGCCAACAAGCAGCACUUUAUCUACAACUCCUGAACUAGACAUUGUAAAUACAACUUAUAAAUCAACAGAACAGGCACAGAAUAAUGCUAUGAAAGAAAAUUCAACACGGCGACCAAAUAACAAAGUAUCUAUUAUACCCAGCACAGGCGCCCCACAUCUCACUUGGGAAUUAGUGAACACUUCAACCAAUGAUAAUGAUAGUUUUAGCAAAAAUUCUCCGGAAAAAUAUUACAACGAUACAUUACAGGCAAUUAUUACAAAAAAUGAUGAUGUCUUUCCGAACACAACCCCGAAGUUUCCGGGAAAAGUAUCAUUAUUUCGUAACUUAACAGACAUAAUUAAAAAAUAUUCCCAAAGUGCACCAUCAACGCCCGAACCUGAAGACAGUAUUAAUGACAUGGAAGUUGAAGAACGGCAUAAUCUCAAUAAAGGAUCGGUAGAGGUAGUUCUAGAUGAUGAACUAGAAAUAACGACAGCAGGAGUAAUAACUCUGUUACCUGCAAAGUCAAAUUUAGGUAUGAAUCGUCCACUAAGACCUCGGCCUAAGAUAAAAGUCGAAUCCCAACCGAUGAAGGAAAACUUACGCAGUUUUUUUCGCAACGACCCCGAAACACAAAAAAUAAUUGAUAACCUUAGUACUGAAAAAUAUUACCAAAGUCAUGAAUUAAAUCAAGACGCUACUGAGAGUGCGGCUAUUGUCUCAGAUUCUCAACAACAAGAACAACAAAAAUUUCCAACGGUUCCUGAAAUCAUACAAGCUGCUGCACCAGGUGUACUCCAAUCAAGCAGUAGAUUUCCAAAAUCAAGCGAUGACUUAAAUUUUUCAAAUGAAAAUAAUGAGGCAUUUGAGGAUACUGAAGUGUCAAAUACCACUAACGUCCCUGAAGGAACUUAUAGAGUAUCUUACCAUGUCACCGGUAGUGUGAGCAGUAAACGAGCAAAUAAAACUCAGACUCUUCCUGCCUACGAACUAGCUUUAGAGCCAGACGUUGUUUUAGAAAUACCAAUAAAUCAAACAAAUACUUUGACGAUUGACAAAUUAAAACAACUUGCGAGUCUCGCCACGAUAUCAGAUUCUAAUAAUAACACCUUGUUUCGAGCGCCAGGCGGCGUGAUCUCAACAAAAGCAAUCCCAUCCAGUUACACAUUGAACCAGGCGGGAUUUAAAAUUCUUACAAAAACAUACAAUAACAAGAACCAGCCAUCGAAGCAAGAAGGGAACACUUUUGAUAUUCCAGAAAAGACCUACAAUAAGCCUCAUGUGCCCAAACCGAACAAAGAGAAAGACGUGAGCAACUUUAUAAAAGAAAUUAUCAAAGAAGUAGAAUGUAACAAUGCUACAUCGUUCCGAUGCCCAAAUGGUUUGUGUUUGCCACUGACAUCCCGAUGCAACCGUUUACUUGACUGUCCGGGUGGCGAAGAUGAACGUUCGUGCUCUUGCGCAGAUUACCUGCGAGCAGAUUUCUCACAAUCCAAGAUAUGUGAUGGUGUCGUAGACUGUUGGGACUACUCUGAUGAGAAUAAAUGUGAGUGGUGUAAGGAAGGUCAGUACGUUUGUGCCAAUGCGCGCCAAUGCUUGGACAUGGGCAAAGUGUGUGAUGGUACACCUGAUUGUCCGCUCGGUGACGACGAGAAAAGCUGCGUGGCGCUAGCAGAACAACUGGAGAAUAAUGAAGUGGUUCCAUACAAUGAAGAAGGUUACGUGAUGGUGCGCAAACGAGGUGUUUGGGGUCGGCUGUGUGUGGAAAGCUUUGCAGACGUAGUGGAGCAGGCGCACAGCUCCUUGAAAUUGCCGGAUUUAGGCAGAGCUGUAUGCAGAGCAAUGACCUUCCAAGACGCUGGCUGGGCACGUGAAGCCCGCGAGGGGCGCAAGACCAGCACUGCGGGCUACUGGGAGGUGUGGCACAACGCGGCGGCGCGGGCACAUGACACUCGACUCUCUUUCCGACGUGCAACGUGCAACAAAAAGCGAGCUCUAAGAGUCCGAUGCACUGGGCUCGACUGUGGGAUACGACCACACGCUGACGCUCAACAGCCCAGGAAUGAUACUGACGCGCACGUGCGCCGCGGCAGGGUGGUGGGCGGCGACGGCGCGGCCGCUGGCGCGUGGCCCUGGCAGGCUGCGCUCUACCGCGACGGAGACUUCCAGUGCGGGGGGACGCUCGUGCACGCGCAGUGGCUACUGUCUGCCAGCCAUUGCUUCUACCAAGCCACAGAAGCACACUGGGUUGCCCGACUAGGUGCAUUACGGAGGGGUGCGUGGCCGCGAGGUCCAUGGGAGCAAGUAUCACGCGUGCGUCAAGUAGUCUUGCACCCUAAAUAUGCUCCCCGUGGAUUCCGCAAUGACAUAGCACUGUUACGAGUGGACCCAGUGUCGUUACACGCUCGUCUGCGCCCCGCCUGCUUGCCGCCACCCCGGGCACAGCCCCCAGCAGGACAUCACUGCACUGUCGUCGGCUGGGGACAGCUAUACGAACAUGAACGUGUUUUCCCGGAUACAUUACAAGAAGUGGAGCUGCCAGUGAUAUCGACAGCGGAGUGCCGACGGCGCACGCGCCUGUUGCCGCUGUAUCGCGUCACCGACGACAUGUUCUGCGCGGGCUACGAGCGUGGCGGUCGUGAUGCGUGUCUUGGAGAUUCUGGAGGACCACUUAUGUGUCAGGAAUCCGACAAAUGGUAUGUUUAUGGAGUGACAAGUAACGGGUACGGCUGCGCUCGGGCCAAUCGUCCCGGCGUGUACACGAAAGUGUCGCACUACAUCGACUGGAUAGACACUGUGUUGGCGGCUCACACACUACCCACCAACGAAACCAGUGACUCUGGCGAGACCGAAUCCAAUGAAGACUUCUACGCUGAUCUGGAGGUAGCGAAGAACAGACGAGCCAGUAGGAAGGACACCUGCAAGGGAUUCAGAUGUCCACUCGGGGAAUGCUUACCUGCCACCAGCGUCUGCAAUGGGUUUCUUGAAUGUUCCGACGGCAGCGACGAGUGGCAGUGCAGUAGAGUCUCACCAAAUAACUCCAGCAUAGACCCCGACUAACAGCAUUUAUACAGGUUUAAUUACUUUGUAAGCCAGUACUUAGACAGUAGAGUAAAACUUCGAAAUUCGACUGAUAUUUUGUAAGAUAUCUCUAAGUUAUGGAAUCUCUGCGACGACAGAGACAAUAUUUCAAUAGCUGUAAUAAUUUUCCAAUAAAUUCACAUAGCGCUAGACGAUUGCUACGCCAUAAUUAUUAUGUAAUGUUAUUUGGGUUCGUUUGUAAUUUUGUAAAUAUAGAUGUAAUGUUUGUGCCCAAAUUGUUCUGUUUACCACUGCACCAUUAUUGCUAAAUUGAAUUACUUAUUUAUUGAAAAAUGGAUUGCCUUUUCCGUUUGAAUUAAUGAUUUUUUAAAUGGACGACGUGAUCCAUGACCUGAACAAAAUAAAAAUGUAACUAUAU